UGGCCAGAGCAGCAGACUGCUCGGCGUUAAAGACGACUGGCUGGCUGUGCGAAYUGCGGUAAGCUGUUUCCAGAACCUACCGUCCACUUUGCUGCCAACUUCACGUUUGAUUCAUCUGGAUCAAGUGAAKGAAGGAAAACCCUCGAUCUUUGCCUAAAUGUUGAAGGCCUGGAUCUGAGCUGCAUUCUUUCUUUCCACCUGGCGUCCCUGAGCCUUGUUGGCGUCUUUCUUACUUCACGUCAAGUCUCCCGAUAUUGGAGUUUUUCACUUCAACAAGAGGCUGAAUAUAGUAAAAGUUUGAAUUCCAGUUUGCUGCAAAGUCUUGACCGGUUUCUUCUGUGGGACAACAUGGCGAAAAAGAACAGUCAAAAAGAUACAUCCGGUGUGGUGUUUGACACUCGCUCCCAAAUGGUCAUGUCCCAGGGAGGAACGGCUGAGAGGAUGAAGGAGAAGAUCAGUGCUGUGAGGGCAGUUGUCCCCAACAAAAGCAAGAAUGAGAUCGUGCUGGUGCUGCAGCACUUUGAGAACUGUGUCGACAAGACAGUGCAGGCUUUCCUGGAAGGGAGUGCGGAUGAGAUCCUGAAAGAGUGGAAUGUCACCGGCAAAAAGAAGCCUAAGAAGAAAAAGAAGCCCAAGCCUCAGCCAGAGGUCUCUGCAGUUCCUGCUCAGCCCGAGGCUGCAUCACCUGAAGAGAGCAAGGAUGAGAUUAACGGCUUUCACGCCAACGGAUCGGUAAUGGACGGGGAGUCUCUUGACUCGUUGAGUGAGCAGCUGGACUCGGCUUCUCUGGAUGCAGCCGAGCUGGACUCUGAACCCGCUACAUCCGAAACCACUGGUGCAGAAGCAGAGAGUCAAGGUAGCGCUCCAAGUCCUGCUCCCCAGCACGGAGGGAGAAAUCACCAAGUUCCCAGAGGAAACAAGUCACGACACAGGACGAGCUCAAAUCUGCACCCCUCCUCCUCCUCAUUAGCAUCCAGCACUGAUGAGCAAGGAUCAUCAGGAGUAAAGAAAAUGGCUCCCAACAUUGACCGCUCUGUGAAGGACCUGCAGAGAUGCACUGCAUCCCUGACUCGCUACAGGGUGGUGGUCAAGGACGAGAUGGACUCUUCCAUCAAGAGGAUGAAGCAAACAUUUGCUGAGCUCCAGAGCUGCUUAAUGGACAGAGAAGUGACUCUGUUGGCAGAGAUGGACAAAGUGAAAGCUGAGUCCAUGAUGAAUCUGGAUGCCCGGCAGAAGAAAGCGGAGGAGCUCAGACGGCUGACGGACCGAUCUGCAUCCAUGUCGGAGGAGCAGCUGGCAGAACUACGUGCAGACAUUAAGCACUUUGUUAGUGAACGUAAAUAUGACGARGACCUUGGGAAAGCAGUCAGGUUUACAUUUGACAUCGAACCUCUGAAAACGAGCAUCUCUGGGUUUGGAUCAGUGUACCACCCACGCACUGGCUACUCAAAUCGUUCCCGUUGUAGCUCCACGUCAUCCUCUAUCGCCAGCCCCGGCCUGCAGGAGACCCCUCCUCCCACCCAGAUCCCAAGUGCCCCCACUGAAACCCGUCCUCCCCCGGCCAAACAGAUUUUCCAGGGCAACAGGCGCACUUUCCAGGGACCGGGGUAUCACUCGGGAGGCCAGCGGUAUAACGGCAGCUCCCAUCAUGACAGGAACGCUGGCCGUGGGAGCCAUCGCCAUCAGAGUGACGGGGGGCCCACAUCGCAACACUCCAACAGCUCCAGAGGCCCCUCCCACUCCUCCACGCCCUCCCACCACCAAGACCAGCCUGCUCACAACGGGCUGCCUCAAAGGCUYCCUCGAACACACUACCCUUGACAUCAGAAAUCUUUGGCUCAGUCAGACCCCCUCUCCCCUCCUCCUGCCCCCUCCCCCUCCCUAACUCCUUCCAAUGAAGAAUAGUAUACAAGUUUACAUAUUUCAGUCAGUUGAGCUGUAGUGCCGCCUYUCUGCAUCGGUCCAUUCAUCCUUCAGACUUGAAAGCUCUCACUGUUCUGUAAUUGCCCUUCUUCUUCCAUUUCUGUCCUCUGGUUACAGUGAGAGUUUCUAUCUUUAGCCCCCCUCUGAGAGAGUUCACUGCUCUUCUCUUGUCACUUUCUGUCUUUAGUUUCCACAGUCAAGCAGUCUGUCAGAGACUGACUUAAUUACCUGCAACAAUCCGUGCACUAUUGAAGUUCAGCUCUUAGUACUUUUCUUCUAUUUUUGUCGUGGCGCUGUCAGCUCUCUGAUUUGAAGCUCAGAUGUUUGUUUCUUUUUUUGUUUGUUAGUUUUUUUUUUUGUCUCCAAGAACCAUUUCAAUGCCUUAACCAUGGAAAGCGUCGUGAAAGUGCAAAAGUAGUUCUAGCAUUGACAGGGUUUCUGUCCUCGGAGUAGUAGACACGCAAUCAACACUACAGACCGUCGUCAGUCGUCGUUGGGUAAAAAUGAGACAUAUCAAACUSUAAAGCAGAGCUUUUUGUAUGGCUGCUACAAAAUCUAAAGAGCUUGUCGGGACUUAGACGUGUUUAGACAAACGUUUUCUCUUAAAGUAGUUUAACAGGGGUUUGAAGUGCUUCUUCCGCAGAGUUGAGCAUAAAUCAACACUGAAGUUGAAUCAAGCAGCAGGUUAGCUCAGCAGAAAGGGUAAAAGAAAUGAGCUUUGUUGGCUUUCAGAACAGUAAUUAAAAAGCUUACUGACUGAGGUUUUGGUAAAAUAAAGUACGUUUCUUAAAAAAUAAAGAAAAUAAAUAAAAAASACCACCUAUUAGUCCUGUUUCCAGUCUUGACUCUAAGUUAAUCAUGUGCUUUCUGUAGCUCCAUAUUUACCAAAAAACACCGGCCUGUUUUCUCCUAACUCUGCAGCGCACGUUUCCAAACGUAUUAAACUAUUUAUUUCUCAUCUUCCCUGCAGCAGUAAUGUCUCCUCUUACAUGUCCAGGGGAGUUGUUGUACUGUUGCUCUUGGCUUGCUGUCCGUUAUUUUCUAACUGAGAGGGCUCGUUACCUUUUUUUUUUUUUUUUGUAUAUAAAAAAAAGUUCAACUCUUUAGACAAAGCGAUCCUUUGAUGUACACAAGCUUUCAUAAUCCUGAACAUUUAUUCAGCUGGAUUUUCUUCUGCCUGUGCUGUUUCUUUUUACUUUUUUCCUGCACACACAUGACAUUUUAAUGUCAUGCUUGCCUUUAGUCGCAGACUUCACAUUUGCCUUUCUACAAACGUGGAUGUCUCCAUUUUGAAUGGAUGGUACUCGUGGAGCAAACAUGGGAUUUCGAAAUGUGAGACCAAGGUCUAAAUCCCUCCUCCCCCACUUUUUAAUAAACCCACUGAGUCCAAACAGAAGAAAAUCUGAUCAGUUUGCUGAAAUCUUUUUAGAGUUGUUGAUUUGCUCUGCUUUUUCUGGCUCCUGUUGGUUGACGUGUCCUCUGUGUGUCCAUCUUUGAGAACAAAAUGACAGUAAAUACCUCAAAGCUGAUCCUCUCACAGCCUGUUUCCAUCAGUUUUCUUCCAGUGGGCUUCUAUAAAGGACAGGGACCCCUGGAGUUCCUAAUCUCUUAUCUUUAUUGUAGUUAUGUACAUAUACUGAGCUACCACUUGUUACUUUAUUGCUUCUUUCAUAAUCUUCAUGUUUCAUCUUCCUUUGAGUUUUAUUUUAUUUUAUUUUUUGGGGUGGGGGGCAAAGAAUUAUUCCCAUUCUGUUCAGGACUUUCUGAUAGAAUUUGUUUUCUUAUCUGAGAAUUUAAAGAAAAACUCUAGUAGUUGAAUUAGUGAACCUUGUGGAGAAAAUAUUGCAAGUUUGUUUGCAGGUUUGGGUAAAUAAAUGCUGAGUAAGCUUGACUGAAAGGUUAGUUCAGUGAUUUGGGAACACGCUCAAAGGUUUUUCCUGUUGGACUUUGGAGUGCCGUAAGGUUUUUGUGAGCUGUUUGUUUGCUUUACCGCAGAUUCAGGACGAGUAUAACUCCCUUUUUAGUUUCAGGCUGUGAGCUCCUCGCUGCUGCUGAGUUUAAUGGUAUAAAAACGUGUUUUGACAACUCCACCUGUGCUUUAAAGCAGCUCUGUUGGCUCCAUCCUGAACAGGUUUCAAAAUGAAGCUCUGGCUGAUGUUAGAGGAUCCUCCUACCAUCACUUCUAAAGCCUGUUAAUUACCACACCUCUUUCAUUUAAAGCAGAGUGUAAAAGUUUAAAUUGCGCUAUCCAACAAACAGUGGCUGGAAAUGUCCGUCUCAUCAAACGGCAGAUGUUCAUUUUUGUACUUGGUGUUAACUGAGCCUCAGACGUGUGUGCAGGUGGGUUCAGCAGCAGCUCGUUGUGUUCAGUGAUGGUGGUUGGUUAUAUUGUAGAUGGAAGUUGUUCCAAACUUUUUCCUCAAGGAGCUCUUCUCAUCUCGUGACUGAGGGCGGGCUGCACUGUGUACCAGUUAAACCAGCCUAUCUGUCUCGUGCAGAUGACCUUUAGGCUGCUCUGGAUUCAGUCAGCUGGGAUCUCAUCUGCAUGCUUCGUUUUCACUUCAUCCAAAUUGUUUUGGUUCACGUUCCAAACUCCAGGGAGAUUAGCUGAAGAUAGGAACUCAUCCCAUGUAAAAGGACUGCCUUUUAUUUGUCCCUUGCCUGUUUAAAAAAAAUCUAAAGGGGAUAAAUUCAACACUUCACCUUUUUACUU